AGAUGAAGGGAGAAGCUGGAAGUACGCUACAUAAUGAGAAGCCCAAGCAGGAGGGACACAUCUGGGGCUCCAUGAGGAGGACGGCUUUCACCCUGGGUUCUGGCCUUCUCUUGCUUGUGGCCUUCUGGAACUCAGUGACGUGGCAUCUUCAGAGAUUUUGGGGUGCUUCUGGCUACUUUUGGCAAGCCCAAUGGGAGAGGUUGCUGUCUACAUUCGAAGGAAAGGAAUGGAUCCUCUACAUUUUAGGUGCCACCCAAGUGCCCACUCUGCUCUUCUGGAGCUUCAGUGGGCUUCUACUGGUGGUUGACACGACCGGAAAACCUAACUUCAUCUCCCGCUACCGAAUUCAGCUUGGCAAGAACGAACCAGUGGACCCCAUGAAACUACGCCAGUCUAUCCGCACAGUUCUCUUCAACCAGUACGUGAUCUCUUUCCCCGUGCUGGUCUUCCUCUAUCCCAUCCUCAAGUUGUGGGGAGACCCCUGCCGCCGAGAGCUCCCCACCUUCCACUGGUUCCUCCUGGAGCUGGCCCUCUUCACUCUGAUUGAGGAAGUCAUGUUCUACUACUCACACCGGCUCCUUCACCACCCAACAUUCUACAAGAAAAUCCACAAGAAACACCAUGAGUGGACAGCUCCCAUUGGCGUGAUUGCUCUCUAUGCCCACCCUAUUGAGCAUGUGGCCUCCAACAUGCUGCCAGCGAUGGUGGGUCCCAUAGUAAUGGGCUCCCACUUGUCCUCCAUGACCAUGUGGUUUUCCUUGGCCCUCAUCAUCACCAUCAUCUCUCACUGUGGCUACCAUCUACCCUUCUUGCCUUCACCUGAAUUCCAUGACUAUCACCAUCUCAAGUUCAACCAGUGCUAUGGGGUGCUGGGGGUGCUGGACCACCUCCACGGGACUGACACCGUGUUUAAGCAGACCAAGUCCUACGAGAGACACAUCCUCCUGCUGGGCUUCACUCCACUCUCUGAGAGCAUCCCUGACCCCCCGAAGAAGACUGAGUGAGAGAGGGCCCAAGUGCCACCCUGGCUGUCCCCUCAGCAGGGGACUGCUAAGGUGGCCUGAGGCCUCCUGAUCGCACCUCAUAACUUGCUCCUUCAGCCAUGCUCUCUCUAAUGAUGGCCCCAUGAGGGCAGAGGGAAGGUCAGCUUCCUAGCAAAGCAGGGCCAAGGAUGGGAUUGGGCUCCCCCAGUUGCCCCUGUUGUCCCUCAUGGGGACCAGGAGUUGGCUUAAGGAAGGG